CAGUUCUUCGACAUCUCGUCGACUUCCAAAUGGACUUCACGAAUGCUACCGACUGGUUUCCAUCAAAUAUUUCCCUACUCAAGUACGAUAACGUACCCUGUGCAAAUAUCACACCUUGGACAUCAGCAUGGUUGGUCUCGGACAAGGGCGGCUUCAACUACCCAAUCACCGCCGAAAUCGUAAGAAUAGGCAUUCGAAAAUACUGGAACGACCAACGUAAUGCAUCAACCCCUCCCCUCUUAGAAAUAUUUAGCUGGUUUUUCGAGCAAGAGGAUACUCUGAAAGGCCAGAUGACUAUUCAAAUGCUAGAAAUUAGCAGCUCGGAACACUGCAGGAAGGAUCUCUGCUCCAAGUUACGAUGGAUGGGGGUUUCUGACCUUGCUGGCCGUGGUAUGCUAGCGACAUAUUUCAUACAGUGCAUCAUGGUAACAGCCUAUUUCGCCAUUCAUACGGCUUCGAGAUGCGGCUGGAAACCUCGUCGACGGACAAAAAGCGGUUGGCUACUGGCCGCAGUACAAGAAUCAUUGCGACCCUUCCUCGAUGCGACAUUGCUUUUCUCUAUAGCGCUCAAUGUUGCCGCCAUAGUAACAUUAUCGCGUUCGUAUUAUGGAGAGUCAGAAACUGUCACUAUGAUUAUGUCAUCGGUCUAUAUAGCACUAUAUGGGGUCUUCCCAUCUAUUGUCUUACACAGCUGUGCCGCGCCUCACAUGCGUCGACGGAUAGAGAGAAGACUGAUGUGGGUAUUCAUAGCCAUUCUAGUGCUUGUCAUGUGCAUCAUGUUCUUCAGUAUGUUGAAGAGUGAGCUUGAUACAUCCUUCACUGACCUGCCUCGUGGACUGCGGGAGAUUUCUGGCUGGGACGGAACAUACGAUGAUAACACUAAGUUCAACAACAACAACAACAACAACGAUUUAAAAAAAUUGCUUGUUGACGACAAAGACGAUCAACUGAAAUGGGAAUCCCUGUGUCUAAACCAGAGGGGGGUACUAAUAGGAUUCCGCGCCAUCCUUGGGCUGGCCAGCUUCUUGGUGGCAUCGGGAUUCCUAUCUCUCACAUUCGUGACCAACAUAUUCCGAAUUCCACAAUUGCGCAGCGAGCGAAGCCGAUUCCUCAGGAAGAUACGGCAACACUGGUGGAUGAUUUCCGCUGUAGUUUCGAUAGUCAUCAUGUGGGCCAUCGUCAUUGUAUUCUGCGUCCUCCGAGAUAGACUCAACGACAACACUGGUGACUCAAAUGAAGACAAGAAGUGGACAUUUGGCCAAAUCCUUGCCGUCGCUACAUGGGCACCUGUGCUCAUGGAAGCUUUGAUCAUCUGGAAACAAGGUCCGGAGAAGGGCUUGAGUGGUCUCAUGAGCGAUCGUUUCGAAGUCUUCGAAGUCGCCGAUUUGGGAGGGCAACGGGUUAUCAAGAGCCAGGUGCAUCUUCCACCUUCAGAUGGAAUGGAGGACGGCUAUGGUCUGCCAGAAAUUUCCGUUAUAUCACCUCUUACCUCUCGACAUGGAAGUUUGAGCGAUUCGACUGCGAUGGAGACACCGGGUGUUGACGAGAUGCGUGCCGAGCCUAUGGGUGCGGAUUCGGAGUCGAAUGAGAAACGCCAGAAUGCUUGA